AUGACUCAAACUCCUUCUCCAACUCUUCAAUACAAACAACAUGUGACUCGAAGGGGGGCAGUUUCUCAUGAAAUUCCAACACCAGUUUCUCUACAAUCAAAGAAGAGGCGUGAUAAAGACAUGGCCAAUCAUAUUUCAAAGAAACAAAAGAAGCGCAAGAAGCAGAGGAAGUUAGUGUUGCAUGACAACUCAGCUGAUGAAGAUGUGGUGCCUGAAAUGCCAGUUAUUGAACAUAUGGUUCAUUCUUCUUCGGUGAGGGAUUCUCCAGUUCAAUCAAAUUUCGAGGAGACUGGGAAUCUUGGUGGCAAUGUGGAAACUUAUACAGUGUACACAACCAUCAAUCACGGUGAACAAUCAAAGCAAUCAACUCCUGAGCAAACAACGGUCAUACCACCCAAAGUUUCGAAUACUUAG